AUGCCUUCCGAAUGUCCUGUUUGCCAUGAAAUUGCUGUUGAAGCUGAGCAAGAGGGAGAACAUGUAUGUCACGAGUGCGGAGCUAUUGUAGAAGGCAGAGUUUUCAGCACGGAAAGAGAAAAACGUGGUACCACUUUCGUUAGUACCAGUGGCAGGACAUUCAACGAUCGUCACGAGCUGUCAAGAAACGCGAGGCAACGUUUGCCUACGGUUGAAUCGUCAGUAACUAGAAGAACCCUUCAAUCUUGCUUGCUCCACCAAGUGAAGCGCCUCAACCUGUCGAAUGAAAUUCUCGAGAAGGCGCGAGAUUUAUUGUUCUCUAGAAUUUUGCCGAUGAGAAGUUCAGGGGCAGUUCGUGGCUUGUCGUUUCGAAGAAACAUUUUUGUCGGUGGAUGCUUGUUUAUCGUUUGCAGGCAAAAUAAUAUUCAGGUAACCUACAGACGCAUAGCUGAAGUGGCUGAAUGUAACAUGUUUUUGCUUGGGAGGUGCGUGAAAAUUAUGGUAAAAGCGCUUGAUAUAAAAUUGGAUCGGCUGAGUGUCGAGUCUCUUGUUGUCAACCUUUUGUCGGAUUUUUCAGUGCAUGACAGCUCCUCCGAGAGGUUGUGCACCGAUCUUUGUCAAAUUUGUAAGUGCUUUGGCCUGUUGUCUUGUAAAAAUCCUGCAUUGAAAGCUAUCAGUUUAGUGCUACUGGUGCUCGAGUGCCAAAACUUGUCUCCAACAAAAGAAAAGAUUUCACAAGUGUUAGGAAAAAAUUCCUUGAAAAUCGAACAGGUUAAAAAGGAAAUGGGUCGCACAAAGAUCAGUUUACUCGAUCUGGGAAAAGAAGUGCCAUGGAUACCAGCAUCUGUGACUCAAAGGGGAAUUACUAAGCACAUCGUUGACAUUGUAAAUUUUCACAAGAAAUGUGGGAGGCUUGAUUUAUCUGUUGUCAAGUCCUUGUGGAUGAAAAAGAAAGAAAUCUCAGACAGGAAUCGCAAGGCAAAGAUACAGUUGGCCAAAUGUCGUCUCCUUAAUCAGGAACAUCAAAAUCUAGAAAUAUCUAGUGCAACAAGUGAAACGAAUAAUGCAGCACCGUCAGUUUCACGGAACUGCUCUGACGCAAGAGGGCAACAAGUGCCUGGUUGCCAUGGAAAUGAUUUGGGAAUUGGUACAAAAGUAAAUGGUGAAUUUGCCCCACCCUAUGACACAUCUUCAGUUGUACUGACAAGUAAUGCAAGUCAUGUAAGUGGGGGUAAUGUAACGUCAACAGUCUGCAUUGAAGGUUUGACUACUUGUGCAGAUGGAGAUGAAUUGGAUGACAAUGAUAUUUUGAUAGAAAAACUUCUUAAAUGUGGUUACUCUGAAGAAGAGUUAAUGGAUGGUUAUUUUGAGGCAAGAAUAUGUGAUAUCCAGAGUUCACAGCAACUGGAUGGAGAAAGAGAGGAUCUCGAUGAACUUGACAUUGCAGAAAAGGAAAUGCAUCACUACUUAUGGUCGGUUUCAGAGAUGGAGAGAUUGAGAAGUCUGAAGACUUAG